AUGGCGAUGACUGCGAACAAUCGGCGUGUCGUCCAGAUGCUCUGGCUGGCCGCCGGUCUUCUCUUUCUGGUUGCUCUUUUACGAUCUCUAGGCUCCCCAGAUCAGGCCAAGGAGUGGGCGACCAACAAGAUGGGCAAUCUCGCCCAGAACCUUCCCAACAGCCGACCCGGAAUGCGCGAGUUCAUGGCAACUUCCGAGGCCAUCUGGGCGAAAACUGUGCAGCAGCGUCAUGAUAUGAUCGCCGCCGAUUACGGAGAUGCUUCUAAGAUGCCUUUGUUUCCUGCUACCAAUGCCGAUUUCUAUAAGAAGCACCCAUACUCCAUCUGGGAUUUCACACCAGCUUCGUAUAGUUGCCCCCAUGAGGUGGAACGCGUCGGUCGUAUGGGAGAUGGCGGCAAGUGGGUAUGCGGCAUGUCUCAAUAUGUAAACUAUCCCAAGGGUAGAGAUUGCAUCAUCUACUCUUUUGGCGUUCGUGACGAGUCCAGUUUCGAAAAUGAGAUGCUUAGCCGCACCAACUGUGUCGUAUGGGCCUACGACUUCUCUGUUGUCGACUUUGGCGAGCAGCUUGAGCCUUCCAAUCGCGACAGAGCGCAUUUCCUCCAAGCAGGCAUUGCAGGAAAGACGGACACAACCAAAAACCCUCCAUUCUAUAGCAUCAGUGACCUGAUGGAUAUGAACGGCCAUAAGUACCUUGAUAUUCUGAAAAUGGACAUUGAGUUCGCCGAGUUUGAAGCCAUGGAGGGCUUUGUCAACGACUUUCCCUUAACAUCGGGCGAGGAACUGCCUGUAGGCCAGCUCAUGAUUGAAAUUCACUUCUUCAAUGGCAUGACCUCAGCAAAGUUUCUCGACUGGUGGGAGCGCCUCGAGGGCCGCGGCCUGCGUCCUACUUGGACCGAGCCCAACUUGCUCGCCAUCACUCUGAACCUUGGAAACAAGGACCCACUGCUGGCGGAGUACACUAUGAUCAAUGUCCACGACAGCAAGAACAUUCUGUUCGGUCGGAGGUGA